CUGAACGGAGCCAUGGAUUGGCAUUUCCUGCUCUUCCUCUUGGCCACGGUGACGUUCACCUCUGUGUGCUCCCAGUUCAACCCACUGUCCCUCGAGGAGCUCAGCUCCAACAUGGGAAUUCAGGUUUUCAACAAAAUUGCCAAGUCUCGCCCUCAUGAGAAUGUCGUCAUCUCCCCCCACGGGAUCGCGUCAGUCCUGGGGAUGUUGCAGCUGGGGGCCGACGGCAAGACCAAGAAACAGCUCACCACAGUGAUGCGCUAUGGCGUGAACAGAGUCAGCAAAGUGUUGAAGAAGAUCAACAAAGCCAUCGUCUCCAAGAAGAACAAGGAUGUUGUGACCGUGGCUAACGGCGUAUUCGUUAAGAACGGCUUUAAAAUGGAAGAGCCCUUUGUCACGAAGAACAAGGAUGUGUUCCAGUGUGAAGUCCGCAACAUGAGCUUUGAGAAUCCAGCCUCCGCCUGUGACUCCAUCAACCUGUGGGUAAAAAACGAGACCAGGGGUAUGAUCGACAACCUGAUCUCCCGCGACCUCCUCAGCAACCCGCUCACCAGGCUGGUCCUCGUCAAUGCCAUCUACUUCAAGGGUUUGUGGAAAUUGUGCUUUCAACCUGAGAACACCAAGAAGCGCGGGUUUGUGGCCUCGGAUGGGAAAUCCUACCUGGUGCCCAUGCUGGCCCAGCUCUCCUUGUUCCGCUGCGGGUCCACAAGCACCCCCAAUGGUUUGUGGUACAACUUCAUCGAGCUGCCCUACCACGGGGAAAGCAUCAACAUGCUGAUCGCCCUGCCAACCGAGAGCGCCACGCCCCUGUCGGCCAUCAUCCCCCACAUCAGCACCAAGACCAUCGACAGCUGGAUGAGCCUGAUGGUGCCCAAGAGGGUGCAGGUGGUCCUGCCCAAGUUCACAGCUUCCGUGCAAACAGAUUUGAAGGAACCACUGAAAGUGCUUGGCAUUACCGAGAUGUUUGAUCCAUCAAAGGCAAAUUUUGCCAAAAUAACAAGAUCAGAAAAGCUUCAUGUCUCCCACAUCUUUCAAAAAGCAAAAAUUGAAGUGAGUGAAGAUGGAACUAAAGCUUCAGCAGCAACUACUGCCAUCCUCAUCGCGAGGUCGUCACCGCCUUGGUUUAUAGUAGACAAGCCUUUUCUAUUUAUCAUCCGACAUAAUCCUACAGGUGCUAUCUUAUUCAUAGGACAGAUCAACAAACCCUGA